GUUUUCUUGAAACUGACAACCAAGCAGUACCCCUCUCAAGUUUGAUUUGAGGAAGAAGGACUGUGCUUCUAAAGGACCAGAAGUUGCAAAUUUAAAGGCUCAUGAGGAGUGGUUCUGAGCAAAAGGCUCCCACACAAGCACAUCCAACAUUAUUUGAAAAACAGAAAGCAAUGGCAUGCAGUCAAACAUGUUGAGGAGCAAGUGAUUUAUCUCCCAUGAGAGCAAGCUGCUAUUCUGACCCUUGGUGGUAAUUUGGACUCAUCAAGAUUAAAUUGCACAGAACUGGUUGAUUUCACAUCAUGAAUCGUGCUUUUAGCAGAAAGAAAGACAAAACAUGGAUGCACACUCCUGAAGCUUUAUCAAAACACUAUAUCCCCUACAAUGUAAAGUUUCUUGGCAGUACUGAAGUGGAGCAGCCCAAAGGCACAGAAGUCGUGAGAGACGCUGUUAGAAAGCUUAAGUUUGCAAGGCAUAUCAAGAAAUCAGAAGGUCAAAAAACACCAAAGGUUGAAUUACAAAUCUCAAUAUAUGGCGUAAAAAUUCUAGAUCCAAAAACAAAGGAAGUGCAGCACAACUGUCAGCUCCAUAGGAUAUCAUUUUGUGCUGAUGACAAAACCGACAAAAGGAUAUUCACUUUCAUAUGCAAAGAUUCUGAAUCAAAUAAGCACUUGUGCUAUGUCUUUGACAGUGAAAAGUGUGCAGAAGAGAUAACUUUAACUAUUGGUCAAGCAUUUGACCUGGCUUACAGGAAAUUUCUGGAAUCUGGAGGAAAAGAUGUUGAAACAAGAAAACAGAUUGCAGGGUUACAGAAACGAAUUAAUGAAUUAGAAACAGAAAAUAUGGAGCUAAAAAACAAGGUACAAGAUUUGGAGAACCAAUUAAGAAUAACCCAAGUACACACAUCACCACUGCUGCACAUACAGUCUGAUUAUGAAUGCCACAUGUUUCAAAGACCCUCCACCUUUUUCUGGUGUAGCAAUGAGGAUUCUACUCCUUGUUUAGAUAUCUCUUCCAUUACACUCACCCCUAUGAGCUCUCCUGACUCCAGACAGUCAUCUGGACUUUUAACACCACCACCUUCCAAAAGUGGUCUUCCAAAGCCAGUCCAUGAACACAUCAUCCCGAGACCUCGUGUAAUCCGGCUGAGCACAAACAGUCCUUUUCCCCCAACUUUUCUAUCUUUGUUGUAUAUGGAUUGUAUCAAAGUGCUACAUUUUGUACAGUAGUUAAAGGACAGACCAGAUGUGUUUCAUAUUCUUAUGAGUAAUACAAAACCAUUAAACAUUCUUUCUUACAUCUUAACUCUAAAAUAACACUGUAUGUCCCCAACACUUAUCAGAGAUCUCUCUCCUUUGAAAAUGGGAGUUAAGGUCCAUAGAGGUGAAAGUUACUUAAUUCUAAAUUGGUUUGUUUAGACUCUCAGCCCAAACAAUCUCAGAAGUUAGUGGAUAAUUAUGACAAAAUUGGUCAUACCAUGUUUCAAGAAAAGAAGCAUUUUAUAUAAGGUAAAAUGAAAAAUAAGAGCAGGUCCUAUCUUUCAAGAUCUGUGAUUGGGAAGUAUAAAAUUUCAGGAGACCGUGGAAAAUAAAAAGAGUCAAGGAGGCUAUUAUUUAUUUUUUCAAAGUUCAUUUUAACUCUGUGCAAAAUGAAGAAUGCCCAUUGUUUAUUCUAAAGAGGAGUUAUUUCACGCUUAUUGAUUUUAAAAAUGGGCUGAUACAACAUUCAGUUUCCAUUUGCAAUCAACAGUUGGCUGCCUUAGAAAACAUUUAGGCUUUCUGCAUGAUUUUACUCAAUUAAAAUGCUUCUCAUGGUCAUUCAGGUACUGCUAGUGCGCAUUUCUCUGAAAAUAAAAAUCAUUAUCUAAUAGAAACAGAAAUAAAUGAGUAUGUAUUUGCAGUGUAUGAAUGGAAGAAGACAUGGUUUAAAAUAUAUGGUUGUUAUUAAUUUGUCUUAAUUUUCAAAAGCUUUGUGACUUUAUUGUCUCUAGAAGGUUUUCACAGUAAAUAUUUAUUCCUUGUAACGUAUAUUGAUGUUUGUUUUGGCUAUAUGUGAGAGAUAUGUGUACAAAUCCAUGGGUUAUUUGUUUACCGAUGAAAUGCCUUAUAAUGACUAAGAGUCCAAGGAGCUACUGAGAACUCCUUUUGCUUAAGGAACUAUGUGUGUUCUGUGAAACCUCUAACAUAAACUGUUAUUACAUGUUUUCUCAGUCAUCAAACUACCUCACUUGUUUAGAUUUAGAUUCCAUUCAGAUUAGUGGGGGGAAAAUACAGAACAAUCCUAACUGGGCUGGAGACUGACAAGAUAGAUACACUGUCUCAUCCCAAGUGGAUGAUAUUUUCUCCCUUUUCUCUCAUCAGAACAUUUUCCUCAGGGAGGAAAUUAUUCUGUACUGCUUCCUGGGUGGUAUUGGUGAUCCAAACUGGAAGACUAGAGUGUUUUUGGAUGCACCAGAUCAAAAGCAGGCUGUAAGCUGAUGCUGGAAGGUUCACAGAUGUAUGGGAUAUUUGCUUCCUGAGAGCACAGCUAGAUCCUAACUCCUCUAGAAAUGUAAAUAGAUGUAUUAAGGUUACAGGUGUAGUCAUUUACCUGUCCCACUGAUUUCAGCUUGAAGUGAGUUCAGCUAAAGGUAACAGGGAUGCAGUAUCUUAGUGGUUAAGACACUAAUUCUGACGAUUAGAAGGUUGGCAGUUUGAGGCCCA